GGUUCACGCUUGGAACACCAUGGGGUUCACACUUGGAACACCGUGUAGUUCACACUCGGAACACCGUGUGGUUCACACUUGUGUGUUCUCCUCCAGCUGUAGAUGUCCGGGGGUUCCCGUUGGUCCUGGCUCGCUCGCUCAGGCGUGUCCCUCCGUGUUUGUGCAAAUGGCUUUUUAUCAAGCAGUCCCAGCGUGCUGAGUAGCUCAAGACGAAUUAUCUUUGCUUGGAGGCACCAUCUGUCCUUUUUACCUCUGGCCAAACUGAAUUUUAUUUUUUUGCCCUUUCCCCUUUUAUGUUAUUUCUCCCACUUCCAAAUUUAAUUGUGUCACCAAGAGUUUGCCCCGUGUGAUUUUCCACCUGCUUUCCUAUGCUACCUGACCUAAAUUAACUGCUAAAUGCUGCUUCUUUCCCUCUUAGAGAGACGACUGUGGACAACUGUUGCUCAUGGCAGCUUUGGUGGGCUGGAAAGAGGCAAUUUGAGUGGGAAAAGUGUAAUAGCACCAGGCUGUUGCUGGGUUGUGUAGCCUAGGAGAAGGUCUGUCCGUUGUUGGUUUGGCUGUUUUUUGUGCUUGGGUGAGAUGGGGGAGGAGACCAAGGCUCUUCUGAACUGGACGUGGCUGAGGAGAUAAGCCCAGUGUGGGGCUGGAGUCAGGGCAAGGCUGGAACACAGGACGCAGGCUGCAUUUGGGAGAGGAAAACGCAGAGGUUGGGGAAAGAGAAGAACAGAGAGUGACCCUAACCGGAGGAAGGUGAUGGAUUCUCUGCAGGAGAAGCCAGGUCAGUUUUGAAGAAGACACCCAGAAGCAACCGGCCGUGGGACCCUGGAAGACACUGAUGCCAUCCAAAGGCAGCAAGGAGGAGCCCGAGACGGGGAGCCAAGAUGCUGGAGGUGCGGAUGAGACCCCGUCCACCGAGCAGCUCAACGUGUCCCGCCUGCGCAGCUCUUCCGUGGAGAUCCGUGAGAAGGGCUCUGAAUUCCUGAAGGAGGAGCUGCACAAAGCACAAAAGGAGCUGAAGCUGAAGGACAAAGAAUGUGAGAGAUUGUCCAAAGUCAGAGAACAACUGGAGCAGGAGCUCGAGGAGUUAACAGCCAGCCUGUUUGAGGAAGCGCACAAGAUGGUGAGAGAAGCAAACACUAAACAGGCAGCGUCGGAGAAGCAGCUGAGGGAGGCACGAGGGAAGAUCGACAUGCUGCAGGCAGAGGUGACGGCUCUGAAGACGCUGGUGAUCACAUCCACACCUUCCUCCCCGAACCGGGAGCUGCACCCUCAGCUCCAGAGCCCUUCUAAAGCCGUUUUCAGGAAGGGCCACGGGCGAAACAAGAGCACCAGCAGCGCCAUGGUCUCGGCCAUCAGCCAGAACGUGACCCCAGAGCCCGUCAGUCAUGAGCGCAAGGAGUCUGGGUUCCCCGCUCUCCUCUCUCUGCUCCUCUGUCUCCUCCCUGGGAAGUCCAUCCACAUCACCUAUGAACCCGGCUGGCAGGACGUGGGGGCAGAUGCUUCCUCCUCCUUGCGGCAGGUCGACUCCAUUUUAUUUGCCGAGUUCCAAGCCUGGAAGGAAUCUCCAACUUUGGAUAAAUCCUGCUCUUUCCUGGACAGAAUUUAUCGAGAAGACGUAGGACCUUGUCUGGACUUCACUAAGCAGGAGCUGUCAGAGCUGGUGCGAGUGGCCGUGGAGCAGAACACGCUCACCAUCGAGCCGGUGGCUUCCCAGACGCUGCCUGUGGUGAAGGUGUCGGCAGAGGAGUGCGGCGGACCAAAGCAGAUUGUUCCAAGAACAACCCAUCCUGUGUUUAUCCUUACCAGUUUCCUUUUGAUUUUUAUUUGUUUUUUAUGUCUUCACAGUGGGUUCCGGUCACAAAUUGUAAUGAAAUGUGCUCUGAGCGGCCUCCCCAGGACCUGCAAGCACCGCAUCAUGCUGGGGGACUCGGGGAAUUACUACUACAUUUCACCAUCCUGCAGGGCCAGGAUCACAGCAGUGUGCAACUUCUUCACCUACAUUCGCUAUAUCCAGCAGGGCUUGGUGCGGCAGGAUGUGGAGCUGAUGUUCUGGGAGGUCAUGCGGCUCCGGAGGGAGAUGUCCUUGGCCAAACUUGGGUUUUAUCCCAGCGAGAUGUAAGCGUGGAGGGAAACUGCUCCUGGAUGAACGGCUGGUCAAAGGCUGUUUGCCAAGCAGCUGAACGCGGCGCCUCUCCCGCCAUGGGCUGCGCUCGCUCCUCAUCCUCCCUCUGCCUGACGCUGAUCAAGGAGCGAGCAGCACAAGUUCCACCUUCAGCUGUCCCGCUUGUCCAACUGUGACUGGACCGGAGCUGCCCUGGCAGCUGGGCUGGCCUGGAUGCGCUGGGGUGGCCGCCAAUGGACUCUGCUCUACGGAGUCUCCUAUAUGCAGUGUAUAUCCAUUUAAUUUUUUUUUAAACCUUUUGUUUUUAUAUGCACUCUGCUUUGGCGUAGUCUGAGGCCAGCCCUGUGCAAGGCAGGCGUCCUGGAGCCUUCUCUUUGUAAGCAACUCUUUCAUGACAGACGCUGGCUGUCUGUCCAGCCAUACACAAGGUCCUGCUGGCCACUUAUUCCCCUAACAACCCUUUAAUCACCAGCAGAACACAAUAAUCUUCUGGAGAGACAUAAGCAGCCUGUUUGCAGGUACUCGCUCCUUUUAAAGGAGUCUGCAAGAGAAGCUUUCUGCCAACCAAGUCACAAAGAGGGAUUUGUUUCUGUGUUUUUUAGCUUGCGAUUUGGCACUGGGGGAAUCCAGGCCGGGGGAACAGCCGGAGCAGAGGUCGGAGCUUUGCACCUGGGGCCUUGGGCAGAAGAAAAUGAGUGGGGAUAUUGCAAAACUCACAGCUGGCUGCAGGAUGUUUUCUCCUGGUCUAGAGAUUCUGACAGUCCUUGGUGCAGAAGUCCAUCCCUGUGGUGCUCUCACAUCCAAACCUCACCCACAAACAGAUGCUUCUGAGCUGUUUCUGCUCAGAAGGAGCUUUGGGCAGUAUUGUUCUGAGUGUUUAGAUAGAAACCGUGAUCCCAGGCUGGGUCCUUUGUCUCCAGAAGGAGCGUGCCCAGCCUGGGCAGUCUUAAAGCCCCGAGAUUUCUUCCCCAGUGUUAGACCAGACCUAGAGAUGCACAUCCGCUGGGAAACCCAGUGUCUCCUGGGCUGCUGUGGUUCCUGUCGGCUUCAAAACGCGCUGGGAAGGAUGUCCCUAAAGCUGAGGUCAGCUCUAGCUUGAGCUCAGGCUUUUCUACCAAACUGUGUUAAAGCCAUGACAGUGUUUUAUAGCCAAUUUAGCCCCUGUGAAUUCAGCUGAGCCACAAGGCACCCUGGAGGUUUCACCUCGUGUGACAUUUCUGUGCUCUUGACUGGCCUGUCACCCUGUCCCUCUGCCAUCAUCUUAGCAAGUCAGUGCCCAGAACCCCAUCCCCAUCUCCAUUAAGUUUCAUCCUCUCCUGGGAGAUGCUGCAGUAGGAGCUCUGUGUCUUCAGUGGAAGGAAACCAACAGAGCUGCUGGGUUCUUGUCCAGGGGAGGGAGGAAUAGAUGGGGGAAACAGAGGUUUUUUGGUUGGGAACCUAAUACAAGGACAGUUCCACAGCAGAUCUAAGAACCUUCUGUGGAAGACCCCAAUGAGCACAAGCUUUCCUGACCCUGAGCACACUUAAAAUAUCCUUUCCUUAUGACUAUAUGGGCACGUGAUAUUGUUUGCUGAGGGUUAGUAGCUACGUGAAGUAUGAGUUAUCAUCCCCGGAGCUGGGAGAACACAUUCCUGAUGACACAAAAGCUUUGAAUCCACCUCAGAAAGGGCUGAGCCACGAGUCCCAGUCGUUAACACCCCAGUUCUGCCUUUACUUCCCACAGCUGAGUGAUGCUGCUCCCCCUAAAUAGAGAGGUAUGUACAUCUGCUGCUUUUCACCAAAGGAGUAUGUUUCCAAUGGGGAGUAAAAACCUGGACAGUGAGUCUUUGGGUAAGAGUCUGUUUGGGUCUUGAGCUGGUGAUAAACCUGCAUCUCUUGUGGUGGUGGCUGCGGAAUUGUGGCAAUUUGACACCAAUUUUUCCAGAGGGGAAAACAGAAGUAUCUUUUCCCAGUUGCAAAUUUCAACUCAGGUAAAUUUGAUUCCGUGGCAGUUUAUCCUUGUAUCUGUUCCCCCUGAUCUACAUGUCCUGUGCCAUCAGCUGCAACAUUGCACAACAGAGGUGGCUGCAUCGCAGCGCUGGGAAUGAGAUGGUCUCUCUGUGGAUGAGAUGGUUUGGUUUGUGGGUUUUUAUUUCCCCGCCCCAGUGUCACUUUGUAAAGCACUUUGAGAUGGAAGGAAUUAGAGAAGUGUGUUGUAUAAGGUCAUCUUGCAUUUCAAACAAAGCAGAGAGAAUAAUUUGUAAGUGAAUAUGAAGUCAGUCCGUUAGCAGCGGGAUGGUUGCACCCUGCUCUUUAUUAAAAGGAAAAUAAACAUUUGUUAUUAACCUC